AUAGCAAUGGUUUAAUUGAAGUAGUUACAUAGAAUUGUUUGGCAGAUGAUAAACAAACGAUAGUUCGUGUGUGGUACCAUCUUUUAUACUCUUAUUAAUAAACAUUUAUCUCGAGAAAGAUUUUUAAUUUUUACGGAAAUUUGGGAGAAAUUUCACAUAAAAUUUGGUAUGGAUUCUGAAGAAAAUUCCCGUACAGAAAGUAUAACUGGAGAGAUGCCUUCCUCGGCCAAAGCUGUCCAGCUAUCGUCCAAAGCCACAGCCUUUUCCAUAGCCGCAAUAAUGGAGGGGGUGACCCCCAAGUCUGCCCCAGGCAACCCGCAGUCCAAAGAAAGUCUACCCAACCUCGAAAAAUUUGUGGAAGAACAUUCUGAUGCCACCCCUGAUGUGAAGAAAGUUGAAGGAAAGAAUGAGUUACAUGUGGACAGUGAGGAAGUAUCCACGACAACAUCUCCAGCCUGCAGCCGCGAACUGGCGGGAGUUGAAUGUCGUCUGGAAACCAAGGAUUUAUGGGACAAAUUCCACGAGCUAGGAACGGAGAUGAUCAUCACCAAAACUGGAAGGCGUAUGUUCCCUACUUUCCGUGUUUCCUUUACCGGGAUUGAUCCAGAAUGGCGGUACAUGGUUCUAAUGGACAUAGUUCCUGUAGACAACAAACGCUAUCGUUACGCCUAUCAUCGUUCUUCCUGGCUAGUGGCCGGAAAAGCUGAUCCGCCCCUCCCGACCCGCCUCUACAUGCACCCAGACUCACCCUUCACCGGAGAGCAACUUCAGAAACAAACUGUGUCUUUUGAGAAACUGAAACUCACAAACAACAUGCUGGACAAGAACGGCCAUAUUAUUUUGAAUUCUAUGCAUAAAUAUCAACCACGGAUUCAUAUUGUAAAGAAGAAGGAAUCGUCUGGAAAUCAACCUAUUUCGAGUUUAGAUGCCGAGGAAUUUAAAACAUUUAUAUUUCCAGAGUCAGUUUUUAUUGCAGUAACAGCUUACCAAAACCAACUGAUUACAAAACUCAAAAUAGACAGUAACCCGUUCGCCAAAGGUUUCAGGGAUUCUACAAGACUGACAGAGUUUGAAAGUACUGCGAUGGGGGCGGAAUAUUCCUAUCCGUUGAUGUAUAGAGAGGGUAUGGAAUCUCUCAUGCAACACCACGCCUACACGCGUUCUCCCUUACGGUCUUACACAGAAACUGACCUCGAGGAAACUCUGAAGCAACACAGAGAAUUUAUGUCAAAAGAAGAGAGCGGAAACCUCGAGAAGUCUGGUAUGGUACCUCCAUGGCCGGUUUGGCGCCCGAUCCCAUCUACCUUUUCGCCCUCAUAUAUGCCAAACGAUCGGUCGCUGUAUACAUUGUAUGGUGGACUCUUUGGUUUGAACACAAACUUUAUGAUUCCGCCAAUGGCCUUUCACUCACUUGUAAAUGCUAACAACCUAAGGAUCAGAGACAACAUCCCGACUACUUCCGCUUCCUUUUCAGACACUGUUUACCCAUCUACUUCCUCCUAUCGGUAUCACCCGUACCUCACACCCGACAAAAUUGCAGCGGCUCAAAAGGCAGCCGAAUCAUCUGUUGCCGAGAGCUGUCGACACUGAAGCCAAACGUUAGAUAGAAAUGGUUUUGUCGAAUUCACUGACUGAAAUACCGUUGUCUUUCAUUUCAACUCAGCUACAUGGAACUAGUCUUCUUUAGUUGCAAAACCAGAUAAUAACAUUGUUUAAGCUGAUUGUGUCAUAACGAUCAUAGGAGUAACACGUAUGUUGCAGUUAAUGAUUUUUUUCUAGAUGCACUAUGAACCAUCAUUCAAGCUCUAGUUUGAUUAUUGUCAUUUGAAGAAAAUCUUUUAUAAAUUAUUAACAAAAAUUUCCUUCCAUAGAACAAACUGUACUAAAAUCCAAUGGAAACAGAAGUAGAUUGUAUUCUGUCGCAGUAUCAUGUAACAGAAGUCAUACUAGUUUGGAUUAUGUACAUGUGCAUCUUAAUUGAAAAGCUAAAGCAACCAUAACGUAACGGUCAUAUGUCUUUUUUUUAUGUUCUGUACUAUCUUUAAAGUUGCCAUUGAUAUAUUGAUUUCUCAGGCCAGUGAUACAGAGAAUCUACGAGACUUUUGUUUACUCGUGUGAAAUAGUUGAUUUUUUGUUGAUUAGUGCUAAUUCUAUGUGCUUUAGAAGUUGUGAUAUGAUUUAUCCUACAAUAUAAUAUUUGUGAUUGACUAUUGCGUUUUA